CAAUUUUUUUCUUCCUUCUCUCUCCAUCUCUUUGCUCUAUUUCCCUCCAUGAUUCUCUCGUCUUUUCAUUCUGCAUUAGUUCUUUAUACUUUGUCUUUGGUUACAACCAUCUUCCCUUCUCUGUAUUUAGUCGGCAGCAGCAGCAACAACAACAACAAACGGAUUGUUUCGCCUUCCUUGUAAGCAUAACACCAAAUAUAUCAAUUGCAGAAGAAGACAAAGAACCCACAAAGUGAGCAACAGCCACAAAAUAAAAAGAAUAAUCCAAGAAAAGGACUCGGUGCAAACAUCAACCAAGUAUAUAUAUAUAUAUAUACUAUUUGUUUUCUUUUGUAUUGUACAGUAUGAAAAUGGACUUUUCAUACUUUGUGGAAAAGUUCAAAGAAGAAAGGUGUGGUAUUGAUGUUUGAAGAAACAUAGAGGGAGAGUACUUUUUUUUGUUGUGAAAUUGAAGCCAUCGUCGCUCCUUUAAGCUUCUGUGAGAUCACUCAUUCUCAUGGCUGAUUGCUUGUAAUUAAUGAUGUUAUUUGGAGCCAAAAAGCUGAAAGAGGAGGGGGGGAAAGGAUGUCAAAUUUGGGUGUCACAAUUGGGUUAUUAUUGUUGUUGACUUUGUUAUUUAAUUCAAGUUUAAAAGUUGUUGCUGUUAUUGAUGAUUAUACAAGAAGUGACUUUCCACCCACUUUUGUUUUUGGAUCUGCCUCAACUGCUUACCAGGUAGAGGGAGCAGCUUUUGAAGAUGGAAGGACAGCAAGCAUUUGGGAUACUUUUGCCCAUUCUGUUGAUGGACCUGGAGGAAAUGGUGAUGUGGCAUGUGAUCAGUACCACAAAUAUAAGGAAGAUGUGAAAUUGAUGGUGGAUGUUGGACUUGAUGCUUAUAGAUUUUCCAUCUCAUGGUCAAGACUUAUUCCAAGUGGAAGAGGACCCAUAAACCCAAAGGGCUUAGAAUAUUACAACAAUCUCAUCAAUGAACUAAUCAACCAUGGAAUUCAACCCCAUGUAACAUUGCAUAACUUUGAUCUCCCACAAGCACUUGAAGAUAAAUAUGGGGGAUGGGUCAGUCCAAAAAUUAUAGAAGAUUUCAAGGCAUAUGCAGAAGUAUGUUUUAGAGAAUUUGGAGAUAGGGUGUUGCAUUGGACAACUGUAAAUGAGGCCAAUGUGUUUACAUUGGGAGGAUAUGACAUGGGGUUUGUGCCACCUAAUAGAUGUUCAUCUCCAUUUGGUACAAGGAACUGCUAUAAAGGAAACUCCUCAACUGAGCCUUAUUUGGUUAUGCAUCACUGUCUUUUGGCUCAUGCAUCAGCUGCAGCUUUGUAUAACACAAACUACAAGCACAAACAACAUGGUUUUGUUGGGAUCAGUGUGUAUCUCUUUCGGUUUGUUCCUUUGACUGACUCUAAGGAAGACGCAAAAGCUGUUGAAAGGGCCUAUGAGUUCCUUCUCAACUGGAUGCUUCAUCCAUUGGUGUAUGGUGAGUAUCCGAAGUUGAUGAUAGAAAGUGUAGGUUCAAAAUUGCCAAUUUUCACGAAGGCUGAGAGUAGUCUUGUGAAGGGAUCUGCUGAUUUCAUUGGGAUCAUACAUUACCAAAAUUGGCGUGUCAAGGAUGAUCCUCAAAGCCUGAUGAUGCAAAUUAGAGACCUUGGAGCUGAUAUGGGAGCAAAAGUAAUGAUGUUGAAGGAAACUGUCACAGCCCCUGAGAGCCUGCAAAUCAUGAUAGAGUACUUGAAGGAAGUUUAUGGGAACCCUCCAACUUAUGUCUACGAAAAUGGACUUCCAAUGAAGAGAAGCUCAAUGUUAGAAGAUGUGCCAAGAGUGGAAUAUAUGCAUAGCUAUAUUGGUGCCGUUCUUGAUGCUUUGAGGAAUGGGUCGAAUAUAAAAGGAUAUUUCACAUGGUCAUUUCUCGACCUAUUUGAGCUAUUAGAUGGAUAUUAUUCAAGUUAUGGAUUAUUUUAUGUGGACUUGGACGAUCCAGAUUUGAAAAGAUAUCCUAAACUCUCAGCACAGUGGUAUUCAAACUUUCUGAAAAGAAAGACUGUAUUUUAAAUGGAGUUCUCGAGCUCAAAAACAAUCCAACCAUUCUUACUUCUUAAUCAUACAUACUAUGUAAUGAAUAACACAAUUUCUAAUCAUACAUACCAUGUAAUGAAUAACACAAUUUCUAAUCAUACAUACCAUGUAAUGAAUAACACAAUUUCGAAUAAAGUGUAACGAUGGUGAUUUGAUGCCACAAAAAUUACAUUAA